AAAUCCAUGGACAAUGUGUGUUACUAACUGCUAUUCACUCUUUUCAUUUUCUGAUUUGCGAAUCCUUUGUUAACAACUUACUGUAUUCAUUUAAAAGAAACAUUUUAAUGUUUAGUUUUAGGGUUUGAUAAUCCGCAGUCUUUGGGUUCGGGCAAGAUAGGAAGAAAAGACUCCAUUUCCUAUCAAUUUUUAAUUUUCAAUCUCUAGUUCACAAAUCAUUAAUCAUUCAAGCAAUUCCUCUCGUUUUGUUGUAGGGUCUGGUUUUGGUGCAAUCUCUGUAUUUCGACAUUCUGGAGUCUUGAGUAACAUCCUGAGUUUGACACCUUGCUAUUUUCUGGACUUCUUCUCUUAUCCUACUUACUGUAAGUGAUAAUGGAAGAAGCAGGUUAUGAUUGCCCCAAAUUUCAGGAGAACGAAAAUCUUGCAGUGCCCCCGGGUUUUGUAUCCCUCACAUCUUUCAUUUUGAGAAAGAGUGGAAAUGUUAAGAAAAAUGAUAACUCUACAGCCUUUCCAGUUGCAUCUGAACAAGAGCCAAACUGUAUGAAGACUGAACUUGAGACGAAUGGCAUUGAUGCUUAUAGGCAGGGUCUUAUACGUCGGCCAUGGAUAAACAUGGACCCGAGCAACAACCACAAGCCUAAGGAAUCUCACACAAAGCAUCUUCCUAUGAACCUACCUAUAAAUCCUAGUCGUCCAAAGGGGACCAUACGGGGAUGUCCUAGUUGCAAUAAUUGUGUGAAGGUAACAGCAAGGUGGCAUCCUAAGGAUGCAAUAAGAGAAGAUUUGGAAGAAGCUCCUAUCUUCUACCCAACAGAAGAGGAAUUCAAAGACACGCUUACAUAUAUUGCAAGUGUACGUUCCAAAGCAGAAACUUAUGGAAUUUGCCGAAUUGUUCCUCCUACUUGCUGGAAACCACCAUGCUUUCUUCAGAGAGAACACAUAUGGGAAAAGUCUGAAUUUGUUGCUCAGAUUCAGCGAAUUGAUGGACACCAAGUUCGGCGAAUUGAUGGACAUCAAGAAAUUAUGGCCAGUGCUUGUGAAAAUACAAAAACCAAGAGAAAAAGAGAUGUAGAAGUAACUUUGGGCUCUCAGCUUUGUAAAAGAAACACUAGCAACCCAAAUAACCAUAAUGUUGAAGAAUGUGAUUGUGAGUCUGAACCAGGUCCUAAAUUCAGUCUCAAAACAUUUAAGGAAUAUGCAGAUGUGUUUAAGAACCAGUACUUUAAUUACAAUGAUAAGAAGAAAUUCAUAGGUUCCAGUAUAAAAUUAGCUAUACCUGAGCAGUCGGAACCAUCUGUGGAGAAUAUUGAGGGUGAAUAUGGUCGAAUUGUUCAAAAUCCAUCUGAAGAAAUUGAGGUGCUUUGUUGUAAUAAAUUGGAGGCUGGAGUUUUUAGCAGUGGAUUUCCUACAGUUUCUGAUCCUGUGGGGGCAAACGCUUACCCUGAAUAUUUGAAAUCUGGAUGGAACUUGAAUAAUAUUCUUUCAGGUUCCCUUCUUUCGUUUGAAAGCCCUGAUGUUUUAUGUAACCUAGAUCCCAAUGUUAGUGUGGGAAUGUGCUUCUCUGCUGUCAACUGGAAAGUUGAAGAACACCACUUAUACUCAUUAUCGUACAUACAUCUGGGUGAACCAAAAGUGUGGUAUAGCGUCCCAGGAAGAUUUGCUGUUAACUUUGAAACAAUUUGGAAAAAGUAUCUACCAGAUUUGCUUGCAGGAAAGCAUCAUAUGCAUGAUACUAUGGAGAUGCAAUUAUCAUGCUCCAUAUUGAAGGCAGAGGGUAUACCUGUCUAUCGUUGUGUUCAGUAUCCUCGUGAAUUUGUUCUCGUCUUCCCUGGGGCAUAUCAUUCAGGAUUUGAUUGUGGUUUCAACUGUUCUGAAUCAGUAAGUUUUGCUCCUCUUGAGUGGCUGCUUCAUGGACAGAACGUUGUAGAGCUUUAUCGUGAACAGAGGAAGAAGACAUUAUUUUCAUAUGACAAGCUUUUAUUAGGAGCUGCAAAUGAAGCUGUCAGGGCCCAGUGGGAAACUGGUCUAUGCAUGAAGAGCACAUCCUCCGACAGCUUAACAUAUAAAGGUGCCUAUAUAAAAAAUGAGUUCUUAACAAAAGCUUUCAACUUUCGCAUUCAGAGUGAAAUUUUGAAGAGGAAAUUUCUUACGAGUUCAUUACUAUCACAAAGAAUGGAUGAAAAAUUUUAUGCCACCUGUAGGAGGGAAUGCAGUAUUUGCCUGUGUGAUUUACACCUAUCUGCUGUUGGGUGUUCAUGUUCAAAUGACAAGUUUGCAUGUCUUGAUCAUGCAAAACAUUUUUGUUAUUGCACUUGGAGCAACAAAAUUUUCUUCUACCGUUAUGAAAUCAGUGAGUUAAAUGUUCUUCGUCAAGCUUUGGAGGGGAAAUUAAGUGCAGUCUUUAAAUGGGCCAAAGAGUAUCUCGGAUUAACUCUGAACUCUGCUGCCUCCAAGAGAUCAAAAGCACGCUCAGAAAACGUUAGUGGUUCAACCUUCCCUUCCCAAGACUUGCAUACGAAAAAAUCUAUAUCCCAUACAGCAGCAAAUGAAUCAAAAGAGAAACUACGUCAAUUGCAGGAAAUAUUGAAUGCAUCAAAGAAAAAACAAAAUGAAGAGGUUUCCCAGGUCUCGCAGACUUCUGGUGGCACUCACAGUUCAUAUGACACUCAUUCGAAAACGAAGACAGAUUUGCCUCAGUCAAGCUGUGCAAGUGGUGCGAAAGGAAUCAGUUCUGUUGGCACCAAAAUUGAUACGGAGAUGGUUGGGAGCAAGGUAACAAUUUCAAAGAAAGGAGAUCCAAAAGCAUCGAAAGUCUCUUCAGUUACAAACUUACGGUACUUGUCUUUUCUACAAGAACAUGUGUUACUUGAUGUUUCAUCUGAUAGUACGAGUACCUCUUCAUCGGACUCUGAAGUUGCAUAAAUAGCUAAUGGCUAACUUGUACAACCGGAAAAGAUAGUAGUAGUUCUUCGUAGAUUUAUCAUUGUAGGAAUUUGGAUGGGACAUCCAUCUUAGUGUACUCUAGAUAUAAUUACAAAAAAGUUGGCUUGUAACCUAAUAUAUUCAACUGUUGACAAGAACCAACACUAUUUGGCUACUAAACAGAACGGCAGGUCCAUUGGUUCAUUUUGUA